AGAUAAAUCGGGUGUGCGCACUGAGCACAAACUAUAAAUACAAGGGAAUUGCACGGCCAAUAUCCUCUACUCGUCAAAUUCACCUGCCGGCUGCCGCAGUUAAUGGAGGGCGUAGGCGCCAGAUUCGGCCGGGUUUCGUCCCGGUAUGGACCGCCGACGGUUUUCACGGGUCGGGUCCGUAAAUGGAAGAAGAAGUGGGUCCGCGUGGCCCCGCGGAGCUCUGCCAACAACAGCAACGCCGUCCACAACCGAGCAGCUUCAAACAGCGAAAUCAAUGAAAUUAACGGCUCUCGUCUUUCGCUUCUCAAGUGGACGCCCAUCACUCCGAGCCAGAACAACACCAACGCCACCGGCAGUGGCGCCGCCGAUGAGAAUGGAAACUCUGAUAGCUCUGUGAAACACGACCCAGUUGAUGAGGAGCAGCCUAAGCGUAGAUUUAAGUAUAUCCCGGUUGCCUUACUAGAAGAACAAAAGAACGAGUCCAUAGAAAUUGCUGAUGAUGAAACCAAUCCAAUUGAAAGUGAAACAGAUGCGCAUAAAACCACUGGUGCUGAUGGUUUGGAUGAAAACCCAGAUAUCAACGAUGCCCCAGUUGACGAAAGCCAGGAGGAUUCAGAUCAGAAGGAUCUGAAUGAAAGCGCAUAUGGGUUGAGUUUGGAUUUGAAUGCACAGGAUGCAGAAGAUGAUACUGACUUGAAAACUAACCAGACAGAAGGUUUGUGAUGGUCUCUCCACAGACUUUAUUUAUUAAUAGUCAAAUUGUGGCUCCUCUUUGGUCUUGUACCAUUAUACCCCAGGCUGCCCCAAUUCUGUUAGCCAAAGCCAUUUAUGCUUUAUGUCAAGGAUAUUCUAAUUUGUAUAGUGCACGGAGAGGUAGAAAUACAAUUUCUUUAGUCAAUCAACUAAGUGUCGUUUUUCUUUUAAUUCCUGAACUGUAAGUCUGGCGGGACAACUUUAUUAUAGGCGAUUAUUAUAUAUUCUUCAUAUUGGACUUGGUUGGAUGUAAUCUUUGUAUUCUGCUGAAAUCCUUAUGAAUGUUAGCAUAUUUAUCAAUGUUGGAUUCAUUUGUUGAACUACUUUUUGGAAUUCAUUUGAAAUUCCAACUUAG